GACCUUUUUCAAUGACCCUUCCUUCAAUAGAAACCCUCAGGGCAAGCAACAAAGGAAACUGCGUGCAGAAACCGAGACUGCACCCACGGCAGCACCGAUAGAAGGGCUUGACUCGCUGUAUAUUCCACAGCGGCUGGAUUCCGCAUGUCGACAACAGUCUAUCUCAUUCGCCAUGGCGAGCGAAUAGAUCACAUUGACCCUUCCUGGAGCUGCACAGCUUCGCAGCCAUACGAUCCGCCUCUAUCUCCCGGCGGCAUUAGACAAGCCUGUCGAACAGGCUCUCACCUUUCGACGCGGCUCGUAACCUCUCCGAUUCGAUACAUAUUUUCUUCGCCUUUUAAACGAUGUAUCGAGACGGCAGAAGAAAUCCUGCAUGCUCUUACUAGCCACGCGAAUCGAGAAUGCAGGAUCUCCACCGUCCCAUAUGUACCAGCCCCUUCCUCCUCCUUCCUUUCCAAGCAAAGCCCGCAAAGUCCGGCGCCCCGUUCUCUCUCCGCCCCCAUCUUCAACAUUGACAAUCGAUUGUCUGAAUGGAUGUCGCCGUCCUACUUUUCCCAUCCACCUUAUGUUUCGGCACAUUCCUCACCUUACGCUGCACCAUCUUACCCAGAGUCUUACACCCAAAUGGCAUCGCGCUUCACAGACGCUUUCAAUGAAAUUGUCGAUUGUGCGUUCGGGCAGAUGCAUGAUGAGAAUGGAUCGAUUGUCAUUGUGACGCAUGGAGUCGGCAUCAAAGCAAUUCUUGAAAGCAUCUGCGGCCAUGAUGUGGAACAUGUGGGUUGUGCAUCGAUAACAAAAUUGUCAAAAACUGCAUACUCUGGUUGGAAGGUGGGUAUGGUGUGCGAUGAAUCUCAUUUGGGAAGGAACUCUUGGGAUCGUCGUGAAGGCCAUGUGUCGGGACCAUCAUCACAGGCAUCAAGGAGUACCAACGUAUGGAGGAAUGAUCUCACUUCCACGGCAACAUCAACGUCGUGGGGACAUGGAGGCUUUGCGACGAGAACGUUGGCACUGUUAGGAUGAAGGUGGCGUAUGUAUGUAUUGUUGGCAUGAAUAAAAUACCAUGCGUUGACGCACGGUAAAAGAGCAAAAUGUAGUACGCGGUACCCCGCAGGUAGCCUAUAGUAUGGUCGUAGAAGUAGCAGCCUGUGUAGUAACAGGCACUGAAUUAAUUGAUGCAUAGGUUGUACACAGAACCGUGACAUUAAACUCUAAUCGCAAUCGGUGUAAGAGA